AAAAAUUCCCAGUAACAAACUUCACAGAUCCAUCGUUCAUAUCAUGGCGUCGGAAGAGCCCACCCUGGCCGUGGAGCCUGCUCUGGAGGAGCCGACAACUGACGCCGACCCACCGGCCGAAGAGAAUGAGCCCACCAAUCCUGCGCCCAAGCCCAAGAAAGCAGCCAAGGAGCCCAAGCCCAGGAAGCCUGCUGCUCCCAGAUCCCGGAAGCCAGCAUCUCAUCCUCCCUACGAAGAGAUGAUUAAGGACGCUAUCGUCACGCUGAAGGAGAAAACAGGUUCGAGCCAGUACGCGAUUGCCAAGUUCCUUGAAGAGAAGCACCAACAGCUUCCAUCGAACUUCAGGAAGCUCUUGUUGUACCAUUCCAAGAAGCUCGUUGCUUCUGGAAGGCUGGUCAAGGUCAAAGGAUCCUUCAAGCUUCCACCGGCCAAAUCUUCUGCUCCCAAGCCUACUCCAGCCAAGAAGAAAGCUGUACCUGCUAAGCCCAAGUCUAAGCCUAAGCCCAAGUCGAAGGCUCAAUCUAAGCCCAAGCCCAAAGCCAAAGCAGCUCCCGCUGCUAAAGAGACCAAAACGACUAAGUCCACGGCUGCUAAGGCUCCUGCCAAGACCAAGCCCGCAGCCAAGCCCAAGCCUAAACCAGCUGCCAAGCCAAAGGCCGCAGCUAAGCCCAAAGCUGCUGCGACUAAGGCUAAGCCUGCUGCGGCGGCAAAGCCCAAGCCCGCUGGCAAGGCGAAGCCAGCUGCUAAGGCAAAGCCUAAAGAGAGGCCUGCGAAGGCUUCUCGAACAUCGACAAGGACAUCUCCAGGGAAGAAAUCCCCUGCGCCCAAACCGGCGGCGAAGAAGGCCGCGCCGGCGAAGAAAGCUCCGGCGAAAAGUGUUAAGCCUAAGAGUGUCAAGUCGCCGGCGAAGAAGAAACAGGCGGCGACGACGAGGAAGGGGAGGAAGUGAGGUCGGGGUUUCCCGACCCUAGUGUUUGUAGGGUUAGUCUUGUAAAGUUCUUGCGGUGUAGUUGGAUCCACAGAUGUUGUCGAUACAACAUGAAAUCUCAUUUAUCAAACUUUUUUUUAGGUUUUUUUUCUAUAAAUUUGUUUUCUUUAUUGGGAUCGAAUUCGAUACAGAUGCUUAGCAUGUAUUUUUCAGCUUAAUGAAUUAAUCAUAAAUGAAACUGAGAGUUUGAGCCUUUUUA